CUGGUUGUACAUCCGUCCCCGCCUCACAAGAGUUGGGAGCAAACUGGCUAGGUUGGAGGAGUGUGCAGGGAAAAUGCAAUAGCAUAGCCUUUACAUCAUGUAGAGCGAGCCGUGGGGCCCCAGGAACGGCGCCCCAAGGUCUAUGGCCAUGAACGCGACCGGGGAGGGGGACAGCUUCUCAGGAUCAGUGCAAAUCCCUGAGGGCACCACCGUGCUGGUAGAGCUGACAGCGGACAUUCACAUCUGUGGCAUUUGCAAGCAGCACUUCAGCAAUUUGGACGCCUUCGUAGUCCACAAGCAGAGCGGCUGCCAGCUAACCAGCACUCCUGUGACAGCCCCAAGCACAGUCCAGUUUGUGUCGGAGGAGACAGUGCCUGCCACCCAGACCCAGACCGCCGCAACGACCAUCAGUUCAGAGACGCAGACUAUCACAGUUUCGGCUCCAGAGUUUGUCUUCGAACAUGGCUAUCAAACGACGUUCCUGCCCACGGAGAGCAAUGAGAACCGGACAGCCACCGUGAUCUCCCUCCCCACGAAGUCACGCACCAAAAAGCCCACCAUGCCCCCUGCUCAGAAGAAGCUGGGCUGCUGCUAUCCAGGUUGCCAGUUCAAGACUGCCUACGGCAUGAAGGACAUGGAGCGACACCUGAAGAUCCACACAGGUGACAAACCCCACAAGUGUGAGGUAUGCGGGAAGUGCUUCAGCCGGAAAGACAAGCUGAAGACGCACAUGCGCUGCCACACGGGCGUCAAGCCCUACAAGUGCAAGACGUGCGACUACGCAGCAGCCGACAGCAGCAGCCUCAACAAACACCUGCGCAUCCACUCGGACGAGCGGCCCUUCAAGUGCCAGAUCUGCCCCUACGCCAGCCGCAACUCGAGCCAGCUCACCGUGCACCUGCGCUCGCACACAGGGGACGCCCCCUUCCAGUGCUGGCUCUGUAGUGCCAAGUUCAAAAUCAGCUCGGACUUGAAAAGGCACAUGCGUGUGCACUCGGGGGAGAAGCCUUUCAAGUGCGAGUUCUGCAAUGUCCGCUGUACCAUGAAGGGGAACCUCAAGUCUCACAUCCGCAUCAAGCACAGCGGGAAUAACUUCAAGUGUCCGCAUUGCGACUUCCUCGGUGACAGCAAAUCCACACUGCGGAAGCACAGCCGCCUGCACCAGUCGGAGCACCCGGAGAAGUGCCGGGAGUGCAGCUACUCCUGUUCCAGCAAGGCGGCGCUACGGGUGCACGAGCGCAUCCACUGCACCGAGCGCCCGUUCAAGUGCCGCUACUGCAGCUUCGAUACCAAGCAACCCAGCAACCUGAGCAAGCACAUGAAGAAGUUCCACGCGGACAUGCUCAAGUGUGAGGUCCCGGAGAGGAAGGACACGGGCAGGCAGAGCAGCCGCCAGGUGACCAGGCUGGAUGCCAAGAAGACGUUCCACUGCGACAUCUGUGAUGCCUCGUUCAUGCGCGAGGACUCGCUCCGCAGCCACAAGAGGCAGCACAGUGAGUUCCACAACAGUAAGAACUCUGACGUAACUGUAGUGCAGCUUCAUCUUGACACCGGUAAGCCGCCGGCUGAGCCCCUCACCGUGGAGCAUCUCCAGGUCCCCCUCCAGUCCAGCCAGGUGUCCCAGUUCAGUGAGGGGAGGGUCAAGAUCAUCGUGGGGCAUCAGGUGCCUCAGACCAACACUAUCGUCCAAGCGGCUGCAGCUGCCGUCAACAUUGUACCCCCCGCCCUCGUAGCCCAGACCCCAGAGGAGAUCCCAGGAAACGGCCGGCUGCAGAUCCUUCGCCAGGUCAGUCUGAUCGCCCCUCCUCAGUCCUCCGAGUGUCCCGGCGAAGCAGGUGGCCUGAGUCAACCAACGGUCCUGCUGACCACCCAUGACCAGACAGUGGAGGCUACCCUGCAGCAGACACUGAUACCUACCACCCUAGCCGGCGCCCAGGAUGGCGCAGGAAACCAGACGUUCAUUGCGAGUUCUGGGAUCACGUGCUCAGACUUCGAAGGCCUUAACGCUCUGAUUCACGAGGGAACUGCAGAAGUGACUGUGGUGAGCGAUGUGGGCCAGAGCAUCGCAGUGGCCACCACGGCACCAUCCAUAUUCUCUUCCCAGCAGGACCUGCCCAAGCAGACUUACUCUAUCAUCCACGGGGCUGCACACCCAGCCCUUCUCUGUCCGGCUGACUCCAUACCAGAUUAGGGUGGCGGG